GAAAACUAAAUCCUUUUCUUUACUUGCAUGUUACAUAAGCUUUCUUCUGCAAGUGAUGUCGUCAACUUCAGAGAAGCUGAUGGUGACCAUGCCCAUGGAACACAUGGUGGUAAUAGCAGGAGAACAGGCUGAACUCACCUGUCAGCUGUCCCCACCACAUAGCGCAGAGCUCAUGCAGAUACACUGGUUCAUGGGUGAUCAUUCCAAACCUGUGUACCUCUACAAAGGUGGCCAAGAAGCAAAUGAAGAAGCUGACCCGGAAUAUGUGGGUCGUGUAGAGUUUGUGAAAGAGGCCAUUGGAGAUGGCCAGGUGACCCUCAGAAUUAAUAAUAUCAGCAUCUCUGAUGAGGGGUCAUAUCAAUGUUCAUUUGAAGAUAAUGGCUUCAGUGACAUGGCCAGCAUGAACCUGAGUGUAGCAGCAACUGGCUUGGACACACAGAUCCGUGUUCAUGCUCAUGACACUAAAGAACUCUUGGUUGAGUGAUGGAGCCAAACUAUUUCACAUGAAGAUGACUCUUCUUCUCCAGAACAAAUCACAGAACAAUAUAACCUGCUGUAUUUACAACUCAUUAAC